GCUUGUUGAUAAAAAGUCUUUCAUAAAUUUGUCUGUUGAGGAGUUCGUUCGUACAUUUGUGAAGUUAAAAAAGAACAUGCAAGAUUUUAUGCUAUCAUUAAUCCUCAUUUUCAUGGUUCAACAUUCUAUUCUUAACGGUGAUGAACGUCACAACCAAUUUUCAAAUCAAGGUGAAGACGAGCCGGCAGGGGCGGUUUUUGCGAUUUUUGACCGUCAGGACUACAGCCGUGUUCGUUGUGGAAUUCUGUGUUUGGAUGACCAAUGCUGCAAGGAAUUUUUGUACAGUGCGUCCACUCGGCGAUGUAUCGGCCGACAUUUUAUGUGGUUUAGCAGUAGUAGUUCGGAUAACGCGGUUUACACAACGUAUGAAGGAAUGACAUCGUAUAAAAAAGGCUGUGAGACUGGUUGGUUGGAGUUCAAAGGUCACUGCUAUUUUGAAGGUCAAAGUCUUGCUACUUGGAAUGACGCCAAUUUGCAAUGCAAGAAAAUGUGUUCCCAUCUGGUGGAGAUUGACUCUCAGGAUGAAAAUGAUUGGCUAACCAUGACAAUGUUAAAGAAAGAAAACUGUGGAACGUAUGAGUAUGAGAAUUGCACAUCGUGGACCGGGGGUAACGAUAUCCAGACCGAGGGUUCUUACAUGUGGGACCAUUCGAACACGAACAUAAAUUUUACCAACUGGCAUUCAGAUGAGCCCAGUCUAAUAUUCCCGAACGACACCCUCACAAGAGACUGUAUUGAUUUACUGAGGACGGGGCUUUGGAACGACCGUCCCUGCUCUUAUUUGAAUUCGUUUAUCUGUGAAAAGUUUUCAGAAGAAAGUGAACUUGUGAUUUUAGGAUGAAUUGGGUAGAUGUAGUAUA